UUCUUGUUGUUUUGAAAAAGGAGAAUUGUUGAGUGAAGAGAAUUAGAAGAGAAGAUUAAAGAGAGAAAAUGAAAUACUGUGAUAGACUGAUCUGGAGAGCGUUCGUGUAUUGGAUAUCCGAUCAAUCCGGUGUCGUUCGUGGAUAGUGAUUUUUUUUUCGUUGAUUUGUCGUAUAUAUAUUUUUUUAUUACUUCUAAAUAUAUUUUUAAAUGUGUCUUUUUUUAAUAGGUUGGGGAAGUUUAAACCAAACAAGUGAGGAAGAGAAUGAAAGAGAGAGAAGGAAGAAAGAAAUUAUAUAAAUAGCUUCCCAGAAAUUGUAAAAAACGAUAUAAAAGAAAAACAAAAAUAUGAGUUGAUAUUUUUGGAUGGCUGAACGCAAGUGCCGUAGAUACAACGAACUUAAAUACAUUUAUACCAAAAUAUUUGUACAUAACUGUGUAAAUAUAUGUAAACAUUAGAAACGCACACCAUACAAUAUAUAAUAAUAAAUAUCAACAAAAACACCUCUCUAAAAUGCUAGUAACAGGAAUGAUGGAAGCAGACAGAAAUAUUUUGCGCUCGUAUCCCCAAGGUCGCCAGAAGAACCAGGAAACAGACAGAAGAAAAUACAAAUAUCACGCAAGCAACAGACACUUGUCUAUGCGAACGGUCGUGUCUGCCGUCUGCCUGUGCUUCCUCGCCUGGCUGACGACCGUAGAAGGCUGCCGAACAGCCACUAAGCGCUUCGUCGGAACCCCCUUGGAACCUUUGCUGCAUUUCUACCUCCCACCCGUUCCUCCCUUCACCCCCACCGUCCUCCCCCCCGUCAGGCUACGGGUGAACAGCUGCUCGCUUGGAUCAGGUGAGCUACAAACUCCCAUUACCUGUGCAUCCCCUUCCCUCCCCUCUGGUGGAAGUGCUUGA